AGCCCUCCAUUAUCUGGAACCCUGGCCGUUGCAAUGGAUAGCGUUUUCCCCAGUUUACCCCACACUAUCGUCUGCAGUUGCGCCUGCGGCUUUCGAGUCCGUUGAUCCAAACCCAAUCCUCUCAUCUCAACCAGUCCUCGGCUAUAUUCUCCCAGCCUCACAAGUCAACCUCUUCAACUUACUGCGGUACCGACGAGUCCAUCUAUCGCUAGUUAUAGAACUCACCGAGUCUUGCUGUUUCAGGGUCAUCACUCGCUUUUCAGUGACGUAUAGCACCUUCCAAUUCCGAACGUCGACUGCUGUGCCUCUCGCCAUUCAGCCCUCCUCCGCCUUCGCCUCCACCUCCACCUCCAUCUAAUAGCGACUAAAUAUCGCGAUACCUUCAUUCGAUCUGUCAAUUGUAGAGCUCAUUGGAAAUAUACAAGAAUUCUUUAAACCGCCAUCAUGUUUGUGCUACCUCCCCCACCACGAUAUCCCACCAUGGGGCCUUAUGGCGCCGGUGGUAUACACCCUGUUCCCAUGAUAGAGACAAACAAUACAUUAUCGAAUCCGACGGGUCCCGAAUGGCAAUUCCUGGUUGGAGAAGGAACGUAUACACUUAAAGAAGACUUACAUCUUGCGACACCUCCGCCCCAUCCUUCCGAAGCCACCGUCCCGAACCCGAACCCGCUAUCGACUCUCCCGCAGCCCGCCAGCGCCGGUACCUCAGUCUCUCUCAUCGCGCUUGAGAGUCGUCCGGCUCCAAACUUUCUGUAUAGAGGACUCUCUUCGACGACCCUCGCCCUGAGUGGCGCGCCAUCUAGUAUUCAGGAGCAUCCCAACGAGGGCCGCUACUCUGCCGAAGGUGGCAAGACGAGUGAGGAGGGCCGUACCGGUUCGACAAGUGAUGCUCAGGCUACCUCCAUUACCAUUGGUUCUGCACCUGCUUUUGGCGAAGGCAAUGCUUUGCUUACCCAGGUGCCGACCAAGGAUGUGAACAAGAAGAGAAAGCCCAAGAACAACAUGACAAAGAGCAACUCUUCAUUCAUCUCUCGCGUUAUUGUUAACGAAAGCCUGUCUAAGAAACUUACGGAGCGAUCUAAUGAUGGCCUCUUUGCUUUUGCAAAUAUCAACCGCGCCUUUCAGUGGCUUGACAUGUCAUCAUCAUCAAAGCAAGACUAUUUGACCAAGAUUCUUUUCACGAAAGCGCAUUGUCUAUGUCACGAUGUUAAUGUUCAUACCAAGAGUGUCUCGCAUCUGGAUGUUAUAAUGGGCUUCUCAACUGGAGAGGUCAUCUGGUGGGAGCCGAUCUCGCAACGAUAUACACGACUGAACAAAAAUGGCGCAAUUAACGGAACACCAGUUGCGGCAAUUCGAUGGAUUCCAGGAUCAGAAAACCUAUUUCUAGCUGCCCAUAUGGAUGGGUCGCUGGUCGUAUAUGACAAGGAAAAAGAGGACGCUCAGUUCAACCCCGAAGAGGAAGCAGUUAAUGGAAAUGCGAAUGGGACGAGUGGUGAGUCGUUAGAUGCCAGCAAUGGCGGAGCUCAUCACAAUUCUAUUCGAAUCAACAAGUCAGUGCAUUCCAAAAAUCAAAAGGUCAACCCAGUUGCCGCCUGGAAGUUAUCCAACCAUCGAAUCAACGCCUUCUCCUUCUCGCCUGAUAACCGACACUUGGCUGUUGUGUCCGAGGACGGCACGCUAAGAAUUAUUGACUAUUUGAAGGAAGAGCUACUCGACGUGUUCUAUUCCUAUUAUGGAGGACUAACAUGCGUUUGUUGGUCCCCAGAUGGCCAAUACGUAUUGACUGGUGGACAAGACGACUUGAUAUCAAUAUGGUCACUGUCGGACUCGGCUCUGGUAGCUAGAUGCCAGGGACACCAGUCUUGGGUAUCAGCCGUUGCCUUUGACCCUUGGAGAUGUGAUGAGCGAAACUAUCGUUUCGGUAGCGUUGGAGAAGACGGGCGUCUUUGUCUGUGGGACUUCAGUGUCGGCAUGCUUCACCGACCCAAAGCGCAAUCUGUACGACACCGUGGAUCUGUCUCAUCGCGCUACACGGCGUUGCAGCGGGCUGAGACGGCCACCACGUCCAACUCAAGGUUGCGAUCAAACUCGAACCUAGAUACCGAAGACGAUGAAAUGGCUAUCGCACACCCUGUGGAGCCGCGGGCCAGAAUUCCUAUGCUCCCUCCUGUACUUAACAAAUCAAUUGAUACCCACCCAGUGUGUUGGCUGGAUUUCACAGAGGACGCUAUCAUGACGAGCUGCAAGUCAGGUAAGCAACACCAAGCCAAGCUCGAGUCGAUCUUCCGGUCCGAUUGGGCUAUUGAGAUCAACGAUCGCUUGUUCCUGGCAUACACAAGUGACAAGCUGACAUGUGAAUCUCCGAAAAUAGGACACAUGAGAACGUGGCUGCGACCUGGAUCGGAGCUUACGGCACAGACCAAGGGAGCAGAAGCCCCGGGAGCAACAUCAUGA